AGCGCAUACCCCAGCAUCCUUCUUCAGUUCGAUUUACUACGGUAACCAAGGAGUGCCAAAAGAGCCUGGGAAGCAGAGUACUGGAAAGACUAGAAGCCGGGGCUCCGGACACAAGAGAUAACACUUUAUUUAGGGGGAGGGGGAAGGGGAGUGUCGGCACUCUGCAAGAGGUGUAUAAAGCACCAUCUUCCUCUGUGCAGAAUUAUCAAAAUCAAAUCAGUAUUUCCCAUCACAGUAUUCAGCUUAUAUCGAAAAUACUCGUUGACCUCAAUUUGCAAUGGCACCAGCGAUCCCCAAAGACUCCCUCGUGCUAGUCACAGGCGCUAACGGUUACGUCGGAUCCCAUGUCGUGGCCAAGUUUCUUGAAGCCGGCUACCGUGUCAGAGGAACAACUCGUGAUCUCAAAAAGCUGCAGGGCAUCAUUGGUAAAUGGGAAACUCAGUAUGGCAAAGAUAGAUUCGAAGCGGUUGUGGUUCCCGAUAUGUCAGUUGAGGGAACUUUUGAUGCUUCAAUGCAAGGUAACCAGCACUUCCUUCCUACCACCCUUCCCAGAAGACUAAAAAGAUACCAGGAGCCUCAGCUGUUAUCCAUGUUGCGGGGGAUUUAUCCUUCAACCCGGAUCCAAACGUCGUUAUUCCUGCUGUGGUUGGCGGGAUAAAGUCGGUACUUGCAUCAGCAGCCAAAACUCCCUCCAUCAAACGCUUUGUUUACACAUCCUCGUCGACCGCCGUAUCAGAUUCAAUUUUGAGUGGAGAGAAGCACCUAGAUUCCUCGAGCUGGAAUGAAGAGGCCGCAGCGAGAGCAUGGACUCCUCCAUAUGCCCCGGAGCACGCAAACGAUGUUUAUGCCGCAAGCAAAGUUGCAGCCGAGAAAGCCCUUUGGGAAUUUGUCGAGGAGAAGAAACCGGCUUUUGUGGCUAAUUCUAUUUUGCCUGGUGCUGUGUGGGGUAAAACUCUGGAUCCGGGUUUGAAUAUUUCCACGGCUGCCUUGCCUAUUAAAUUGUUGAAAGGAGAAGCUGUGCAAUAUCCUCCUUGUAUGUAUCUCCCCUGAGCAAAUUCGAGUUGGAAAGCGCUUAAGCUGAUCAUGCCAUUAGGCUGGUUUGUCGACGUCGAAGAUGUUGGGCUUCUCCAUGUUGCAGCUACCAUAGAGGAAGAUGUUAAGGGUGAACGCAUUUUUGGCUAUGCAGACAAGUUCACAUGGAAGUAAGGAUUUGUCCAAAUUUGUUGAGAAUUCAUUACUGAUAAACCACACAGUCGAGUACUUCGCGCGCUGAGAACCAUUUUUCCGGAUAGAAAGAUUAUAGAUGAUUACACGGAUGAAAAGAUACAAGAAAUUACCACUGUAUCGACAGAACGAUCAAUUGAGUUAUUGAAGCGUAUGGGUCAAGACGGGUGGACCUCUUUGGAGAAGUCUAUUGAGAAUACUGUGAAAGGUCUUUGAGAGUUUUUGGAAAUGUAUAACUUUGGGAACACUUGUUCCGGAAUUGGCAUGACUAAGGAUUGGUAAGGCACACAGGAGGAAGCUGUCGCAAUGUUCAAAUCAAGUAAACUUAAUUAUCCUACAUGGGUUCUCG